AUUAACUUUAUUUCAAACAUGAGCAAAUUAGAGCUGGUGUUCGUACCUGCUCCGGCCGUUGGUCAUCUUGUUUCAACAUGUAAAUUUGCUGAGCAUUUGCUCAGCAAAGAUCAAAGGUUAUGCAUAACAAUUCUCAUCAUAAGGCCACCUGCACCAUGGGAUGCAGGUAUAGAUGUCUACAUGAAGCGAUCUUCCUCUACUCCCGAGGGCAGUAGAAUUAGAUAUAUCACACUUCCUCGAGUCGAACCACCAUCUUCAGACAAGCUAGAAAAGUCUUUAGAGAAUUACUUCUCUCUUUUAAUAGCCAGUCAUCGACCACUCGUUAAAGAAGCAAUCAUCAGCAACAAAUGGCCUGAUUCGAACCCGAAAACCAUUGGAUUAGUCAUUGAUAUGUUUUGCAGUUCAAUGAUUGAUGUAGCAAAUGAACUUGGAAUUCCUUCCUAUCUUUUCUUUACUUCUGGUGCAGGUUUUCUUGGUUUCUUGUUUUACCUGUCCGUUUGGCAUGAAAAAUUCGGGAGAGAAUUUAAUAAAUCUGAUUCUGAUUUAAACAUACCAGCCUAUGCUAAUCCUGUACCCUCAAAAGUCUUGCCUAUGUUCGCGUUUAACAAAGAAGGUUUCAACUCAUUCCGCGAACAUGGUGUUAGGUUUAAAGAAACUAAAGGAAUUCUUAUCAAUACAGUAGCAGAAUUCGAAAAUCAUGCUGUAAAUGCCUUAGCAUCUAACCCUGAAUUGCCUCCAGUUUAUACAGUAGGAUUUCUUGUUGAUCUUGAGGGGCAAAAGACUAAGGGAAAUUCCAAUAUUGAGUAUGAAGAAAUCAUGAAAUGGCUAGAUCAGCAGCCACCUUCCUCUGUUAUUUUUCUCUGCUUUGGAAGCUCAGGGAUUUUUGAGCCACCACAACUAAUCGAAAUGGCAAUUGCACUUGAACAAAGUGGAGUAAGUUUCUUGUGGUCAAUACGCCGGCCUGUAGAUGAUGAAUAUGCAAAACUUGAGGAGAUAUUGCCAGAGGGAUUUUUGGAGAGGACUAAAAACAAAGGAAUAGUAUGUGGUUGGGCACCCCAAAUCGAUAUCUUGGCUCACAAAGCUACUGGAGCGUUCGUGUCUCAUUGUGGAUGGAAUUCGACUUUAGAAAGCCUAUGGCAUGGAGUUCCAAUUGUGACAUGGCCCCUUUAUGCUGAGCAACAAAUCAAUGCGUUCCAAUUGGUGAGAGAUCUCGAGAUGGCGGUGGAGCUGAGAUUAGAUUACAAGAUGCGCGGUAGUGAUCGUGGUGAAAUUGUGAAGGCAGAGGAGAUGGAGAAAGCUAUAAGAUGUAUUAUGGACAGGGAAAAUCCAGUGAGGAAGCGAGUUAAAGACUUGGGAGAGAUAUGCAGGAACGCGUUAAUGGAGGGUGGAUCUUCUUUCAAUUCUAUAGAAAGAUUUGUUGAAACAAUUCUUGAUUCCUAGAAUUGAGAUUAGAAGAAUUUUCGAAUCCAUAUUCUGUUAACGUAGCAGAAUCUUAUGUUACUUUUGAGGAAUGAGUAGAAUGAAUCAAAUAAGAGCUGUUGCUAAGGUGAAUGUAUUUGUCCAUUAAUAUAUUUUAUCAUGUGAGAACCUUUAGUAUUUA